GAAGAAGAAGUAGUUUCAAGUCCAGGAAAUGGAGGCAUUUUGAAAUAUGAUUGGACUAUUGGCACGUGUUUGUUGUUUUGAAUUCAAUUUCAAUUUGAAAUCGGUUCAUUUUCAAUAUUCCUUCACGCAAUGUCGAAACCGGCACUUUUAAGCCUCCAUCAAGUACUGAGGAGGAGCUUCCGCAGCGUGGCAAGCAGCCAAGAAGUAUGGAGGAGCGUGCUGGCCGAGUGCGGCCCUCUGCUGUCUUCCCUGGACAACCUGGCCGAGCAGACCCGCGCACUGUGCGGCCUCCACGUCUCCCACACGCCGCUAGCAGACAUCCCGGACCUGGAGGAGCUGCUGCGUUUCAAGCUGCUGCAAGCCAUGGACACUGUGCUGUGUCAACUCUACGAGAAGUUGGCUUCGCUCCAGUCGGUGAGAGACACCAUCAGCAACCAGGUUACGACGGCGGUCCAAGUGUACGAGCAGAACGCCGACAGUCUCGAUCUGGUCACCGUGACCCAGCGCUCGGCGGUCAUCCCGUCAGUGGCCGACAUGCUGGAGUGGCUGCAGGAUGCUGGACGUCACUAUCAACAGCAGUUCUUGAGAAGGAAGACUCUCCUGCACACGCUCAGUACAGACGACCUCUCCCUGCUGGAAUCUUCUACCAAAAGAUGGAAAGAGAUGGACGCUCCCAAUCAAGAGGAUCACAUCCAAGAUAUACUCUGCAAAGUGUCCUUCUUCAUGGAGUCUGACUAGGUGGGAGGACAGGGAACAUGCUCGCUGGGACUGGACUGUGAUGACGAAAAGAACGCUGAAGGAACAUCAAGUAAACCUCACAUUUUUUUAACCCAUAAAAACUCAUUUAUCCCUUUUUUUAUUUUUGAUGGACAAAAUAUCCCAGCACUAUCAAUCAAUCAAUGUUUAUUUAUAUAGCCCUAAAUCACAAGUGUCUCAAAGGGCUGCACAAGUCACAACAACAUCCACGGUACAGAGCAUACAUAAGGGCAAGGAAAAACUCACCCCAGUGGGACGUUGGUGACAGUGACUAUGAGAAACCUUGGAGAGGACUGCAUAUGUGGGCAACCCCCCCCCACCCCCCACCCCCCCGGGGAGACCGAAAGCAAUGGAUGUCGAGCAGGUCUAUUGGGAACUUUACACAAAAUAACACUUUUAGUCGGUUCAUGCUUUAACAAAUCCUAUUUAUUUCAAAGUUUAAGACAGGAAGUAGUCCUAGAGGAGUCAUUCAAGCCAAAAUAUGUAUGAAUGGAAAUCUUGGUGGAUUGUGCUCUCCUCCUAGACCAGGGGUGUCCAAGGUGCAGCCCGCAGCUAAUUGUUGACUGGCCCGACACACAUUCUGGAAAUGCUAUUGCAAAAAUAAAUUAAAAAACACCAAAAAAGUAGAGUGAGGUGAAAUCUAUUGAGGGAAAAGUUGCAAUGUUGACACAAAGCUGCCAUGCAGGCUGUUUGUUUCUUUUGUUUUUCUUUAUUUUUCUCCUAUUGCCAAUGCUAAAAAAAUUUUUUUUUUAUAAUUAUCGACCUAUUUAAAGCUCCUAUUACUUCAAAUAUUUCCCUUUAUAAUGUUUUAUGUGGACAAUAUUAUGUACAUAUACCGUGUGGUUGCCAUGUAAAAACUGUUUUCUUUGACAAAAGAGCUUAAAACCAACAAAAUAAUAGUUCAAACGUAAAAUCGACAAAUAUAGUUGAAGUUGAUCUGGUAACUUAAGUGUGGAAAGUAAAACAAAUAAUAAUAAAAAUGUAUCACUUUAUAAAUGGUGGACCUUUUGGAUCCCAAAGAUAUUUAUUGGGAUUUUAUUUAUCUUUUCACUGUGAUUACUCAGAAAUAAUAAUACAUUAAAAUCAAUGGUGUCCUGGAUUAUUGAUCUUUUUAGGGCUCCAAUUACUUCAGAUCAAACAUUGCUUUCUCAAUGUUUUGGGCGAUGGGGGAAAUACUGCAUACCGUAUUUCCUUGAAUUGUCGCCAGGUUGUAUAGUAUGUACCUGCCUUGAAUUACUCGCUUUGCAAAAUUAUUAGCGCAUGCUUAGUAUUACCGCCGGGUCAAACUCGUCACGUCACGAGUGACACUUCCCCUGUCAUCAUUUUCAAAAUGGAGGAGGCUGAUUUCAAUCAUUUGAAAUCGCAUAAAGGGAAGAAGAUUAAGAGCUAUUCAGUAGGAUUUAAGGUCCAAGCUUACAUCACACUAAAAUUUUUACUGCAUACCUUUGGUAAGUGCCGGAGUGAGAAGAGGUUUUUGAAUAAUUAGCGCAUGCUUACUUUUACCGCAUGCCUUUGGUAAGCGCAGGAGUGAGAAGAGGUUUUAAAUUAAUUAGCGCCCCGGCGGCAAAUCAAGGAAAUAUGGUACUCAGAAAUAAUAAUACAUUAAAAUCAAUGGUGUCUUGUAUUAUUGAUCUUUUUAGGGCUCCAAUUACUUCAGAUCAAACAUUUGAAUGUUUUGGGCGAUGGGGGAAAUACUGCAUACCGUAUUUCCUUGAAUUGUCGCCAGGUUGUAUAGUAUGUACCUGCCUUGAAUUACUCGCUUUGCAAAAUAAUUAGUGCAUGCUUAGUAUUACUGCCGGGUCAAACUUGUGAUGUCACGAGUGACACUUCACCCGUCAUCAUUUUCACAAUGGAGGAGGCUGAUUUCAAUACCAGUAAUUUGAAAUCGCAUAAAGGGAAGAAGAUUAAGAGCUAUUCAGUAGGAUUUAAGGUCCAAGCUUACAUCACACUCACAUUUUUACUGCUUGCCUUUGGUAAGUGCCGGAGUGAGAAGAGGUUUUUGAAUAAUUAGCGCAUGCUUACUUUUACCGCAUGCCUUGGUAAGCGCAGGAGUGAGAAGAGGUUUUAAAUUAAUUAGCGCCCCGGCGGCAAUUCAAGGAAAUACAGUACUCAGAAAUAAUAAUACAUUUAAAUCAAUGGUGUCUUGUAUUAUUGAUCUUUUUAGGGCUCCAAUUACUUCAGAUCAAACAUUUGAAUGUUUUGGGCAAUGGGAGAAAUACUGCAUACUUCAGAUUUACUGUAAAAAACAAACUUGUCUUUGACUGAAAAGGCAUAAAACCUUUUUUUUUGUACUUUAUAUCAACCUGAAGUUGAUAUAAAGUACUGUAAGCCUUACAUAAAAAAUGAAAAUAAUGACUUAUUUUUAACAUGUUAAUGACAGAGACCCUCUAUGGUCCCUGGGAGCCCUAAAAGUAAAAAAAAAAAAAAUCCAUAUGUUUUAUUAUGGUUUGAAAAUGAAAAAUAUCCAAACGAUGCCCGCAUGGUUUAAUUGGUUGGUAUAAAGUUUGGACACCCCUGCCCUAGACGUACUCUUUAAGCGGCAGGCUGCUGGGCGUGAUGGUUUUGGGUAAAUUGGGAGCAGAAGUGGGGGAAUUGGCAAAGCUGCGGCCCACGUAGCCCCGGCGGUACCCGCCCCGCCUCUUGGCGAGGGGACAGGUGCUGCUCAGCACCGCCCCGCCGAUCAUCAGAAUGACGGCGGCGGCCCAGCCCAGGAAAAUGGCCUGACCCAGCUCUCGCUUGUGCAUGGAAGGCACGUUGGGGUUGUAGAAAUCCUGCACCACGGUGUGCGCCGUCCAGGACACGGGCACCAGCACGCACAGCCCCGUCACCACGAAAAGGAUGCCGCCGGCCAGGGCGAUGCCCGCCUUGGCCUGGCGGUCGUCGCCGGCGCAGGUGGUGCACUUCAUGCCGCAGCAGGACACGGUGCAGGAGAGCCAGCCCAGGAAGAUGGCCACGCACAUGAGGGCGCGCGCCGCCUGGACGUCGGGGGGCAAGGCCAGCAUGGAGUCGUAGGUCUUGCACUGCAUGUGGCCCGUGGUCUGGUACACGCAGCUCAUCCAGAUGCCCUCCCACUUCAUCUCCGACGUCAAGAUGUUGCCGCCGAUGAAGGCCGACACCUUCCACUGCGGCAGGGCGGUCGCCGCGAUGGCCAUGAUCCAGCCCGUCACGGCGCAGGUGAAGCUGAUCAGCUGCAGCCCCGUGUUCACCAUGGUUCCGGCCAGAGUCCACUUCACGGGUCCCACUUUCUCUCGCCGCCAGACAUCCGCCACACUUUCUCCCGGGCUUGACUCACUGCAUUAUUGAGGAGCCGCGCAGCCGCCUGGGACCGGCCAGCUCCGGUAACCUCCAGAAAAAACCAGUCCACCAAUCACUCAGGGAUCCCGGCCACUUCACCCUCCUUGCCUUCAAAUCAAGCGCCUCCUUUGCCGACGGGCCAAAACAUCAGACGGCAUGGCUUUAUUCCCCUCGGUUUUGGACGCUGAAAGAGCCCCAAACACACACAGAUGUCGGGGUGGGGAGGAGAGUGGAACAAAAGGGGAGGCCAGGAUGGAUGGAUGGUGGUAGAGUGGUUACCAUAGGUGGGUGGAUCACUUGACACAAAGACAACAUAAGGGGGGGCUCCACGAUGGGGAUUACACGGGUUUGUCCCCCCCCGCACAAAAAAGUUGCCCUUUUCUCGGACAAAGUCCCGCAAAAUGGUUUUGUUUUGAGGCAACAUAAUGUUUAGUAUGCAUUCUGCAUAAUGGAUACUAAACCUCAACGUGCUAAUGAAUUAAAUAUGGUGGAAUCAA